AUGCACGGCAUCAGAAUCGUUUUGGGUAAUCUGGUGAUCCUUUUGAGAGACUUGCUUCCCGCUCCUCCACUUCCGACCCUUAACCUGCGGGAACGGUUCCUGACUCAUAUUCGGGAGGCCGCACAAAACCUGCAUCGCUACCAAGAACACAAGUUCUUGACCGCUAAGGUCCGCUGCAAGCAUACCCAACAUCGGCCUACCAGCAGAAUCAAGAGGAACAGGGGGUGUAGCUGGUGGGCGAAGGGAAAAGGAGGCAUGACAGAAGGGUACGUCAAUAUCAGGCAGAUAUCCAAGAUGGUUAUCAACCCGAAGACACCCCAGCUUGUCUGGAAUACUCUACCGAGUGACGACGUCUUUGCGUCUGGGUCUCACUUUCGCUGCCAAUGUGAAGAGAAGACCCUAGAGGCGUUCCUUCGUCAAGAAUUCAUUAACUGCCCCCACGAAAUAGGCAAGUUCUGGAACCGCGUGGUGUAUCAACAACGAUUGAAGCAGGCAAUGGAUGAACAAAGCUGGUUCCAAAAUAUGGGCGCGGAUAGUGGGGAUGAAGCUUACAUGGUAAGAUCGUCACGCAGCUCAUUGGAGUGGCAUCGGAGUAGAUACUCAUGCUUGUGCUCUCAGCCCGAGGUCCUUUAUAGCGAAUGCUUUCCGCCUAUUGAUACGAGUACUCCAUAUACUGGAACCCAAACGACUUCCGCUGGUGUCUCAGGCGUAAAUGCCGGAAGAGAUUUCGAUCCGAGUCAUCCCCAACGCAACAAAGGACCCGUUGGAAACGAAUCAAUGCAUCUACCAAGCCUCCGCACAUCAAACGCUUACCCUCGAGACUUCGGGGCCAGCUACGACGGGCGCCAAUUUUCCGCGCAGACGUGCGAUAUGACUGGCCGUCAUCAAACGGCCAGCUAUCUCGACUACCCAGAUGGCCUACCUAAUACCGACUGGCCCUCCAACAUCCCCGUCUUCGGGGAACCUUUAGAAGGCAUACAAGUCAGCCCUAGCAGCUUCUCCUCUUCAGCCCCAUCCUCGGCAACUUCUGAAGCCAUGGCUGCGAUGACCCUCGAUCCCAUGGCGGUACAUAGCAGCACAGCUGGGCAUCUACAAGCUAGCAGUUCUGUUGUCGGCCCGGAAAAUCCUGUAAAUGCUUGGUCAUCGUCGAGCUAUCCUUCGACCAUCUCUCCCAAGAUGCUGCGAAUUAACCCAUCGCCAACACCAGCCUCCUCAUCGGAGUCAGUCCACAAUAGUAUGCUUGCUGGCGGCGACUUGGAUCUCAGCACCCCCGCGUAUGAACACCAGCACCCCCGUAGCCCGUUCCAUUCGCAACGGCAGACCCAAAAGCCACGAAAAGAACUUCCAAGUAAACCAGCGAGAUCACGGCUGGGACCAUUAGUAUCUUCCGAGUCGCCGUCAUCUUCAAAGGGAAAGAGGCCAGCUUUGCCCCAACUCUCCGCUGAUCCUGAACGAUCGCCUCACAAAAUACGGACUACUCAACCAAAGCAGGAGCAUCAGGAUACCGCCGUCCAAGGAAGCGAAGGAUCACCAGCUCGUGGGCGCGGCACUAGAGUCGUCGAGAGAGUACGGUCUGCCAAGGACGAUUUCCUAGUCCGAUCAAAGCUAGCAGGCAAGACGUACCGCGAGAUCCGGCUCGAGGGGAACUUCACCGAAGCGGAAUCUACGCUGCGAGGACGGUUCCGGACUCUGACCAAGGACAAGGAGGCGCGUGUGAGAAAGCCGGAGUGGCAAGACAACGAUAUACGUCUGUUAAAGAAGGCCGUCCGCAAGCUAGCCAAGAGCAACGAUAUGGUUCCGUCCAAGGCGCCCUGGGGCCAGGUGGCUGAAUACAUUAUGGACCAUGGCGGCUCGUACCAGUUUGGCGGCGCUACUUGCCAUAGGAAAUGGAAGGAAUUGGUGGAUGAGGGUAAGGCGGGAUGGAAAUGA